AUGUUAAUGCCGUGGGGUAAUGCUACUUCGCAUUAUUUUGAAAUUUUCGUUUGCAGGUUGCUAGCACUUUGUACAGCGGGUAAGAAUGGCACAACCGAGCUGCAGUGCGCGUCUCUAAUUCCGUUAGAACACGUUGUCAGCGUCCUGGGCAGCAAACAUUGUCCAUAUGAGGUGAAGGAUGCGUACGUAAAAUUUGUCCUUCACUGCUACAUCGACACAGACGCGGACAUGAAGGACAUGUACUGCGACGACUGCAUUGUCUAUAUAUUCGAGGACAUCUGGAAGGACACUGAAAAACUCUUCGCUUACGGUUCGUCAGAAAACGAAGUCGCUGUGAAGUACCUAUGUAUGAGUGCCUCAAAGCUAGUGUCAGUCUUCUUCGAAAAGCCCGGCGCUGAAUACGUGGUCAAUGUUAAGAACGAUGACUCUAUUCUGGGUAAAUUGCUUGACGCCUUUGGACGUCUCCAAAGUGCUCCAUGGCUUACCGAGUUGAAUGCAAACUACAAGUACUAUCUGAUGGAUUGCGUUGAGGUGUUAUGCAGAUGCGCCACUGACAAACGCAUGUCUCUUCCUGCAAACGUCGUCAUGCCUCCAGAAAAACUGUCUAGCAAAUGGAAAAAGUACAAAAAGGUUAACUUGUUCGUGACAAAAACGGCCAAAGCUUCACUUAAAACACCAGACAACGCCAAUGUUGUGGACUUUUUCCAUGCGAAAGAGCUACGAUCUGCACUGUUGAUGAAGUUCUUUGGGACAAAGUAUCUGACCCACUUUGACGGUUUUAUUACUGAAACUGUGCCAGACAAGGCAGAAGCGUGGUCUCUCGGCUCUCAGGAUCCGAUCAGUAGGGCGAUUGUUAACGUGCAAAACUGUCUGAAUUCGGCCGGAGCCACGCGGCUCGUCAUCAAGUUAAUAGUUCAAAACGGCUCUGACAAGGUGUUCUGUGAGGCGGUGCAGUUGGCAAUUGCUCUUCUUGAGGGGGGCAACAAUUUGGUGCAGAAUACGUUCUACGAAACGAUGCAAACCAGUGAUUUGAGCGAAAACUUCUUUCGCAUAUUAUACGAGAAAAUAGGACUGGCGCAGAAUAAGCUUAAGAGCACGAUGAUGAACAGCAGCAACGAAUCUGGUGUUGGCAGCCAUGGUAGAAAAGCGUCAUCGUUGUCUUCAGCAUCCUCGUUGCAUAACCUCAUGGACGAUGCUGCGAGGAAGGCCAAUGAACAACUGAAGAAGAUGGAUGACGAAGAAACGCAAUCAUACGAUACUGAGCAACAGGAUGACUUCUUCAUCACUCCGGCUAUGGGUCUGGAAUGCAUCCAAAGUGACUUUCUGCCAUACGAGAUCGCCAUCAUGGAGCCUCUGCUGCGUAUGCUACAGCUACUGUGUGAAAACCACAACCAUAAUCUGCAGGUUAUUAUUAACUGUACGAUGUCACUAAUCGAAUAG